GGGGCGCACUCCGUCAGCCCCAUUUUCCUUCUUGCCCUGCAGCCGUGCCCUGGAACCUUCGGCCGCGCGCUCGCGCCGACCCGCCGGCACCCAGCCCGCAGCGCCGCGCCUGGGAAUUUAGGAGAACGAUUCAAAGAACGGACAUGAAAGAAACUUGAAAAUUACAAACGGCUGCACAGAGGAUUAUUACCAUGAAGAGAAUGGAAGGGCUUCAGAGGAGCAGAUACGGGACUAUGGCUGAAGGUGACAUAGAACAUAAGCUGUUUGCAACCUUGUCCUCAUUGCGGAUCAUCCUGGUGGGCAAAACAGGCAGUGGGAAGAGCGCCACCGGGAACAGCGUCCUCUGCCAGCCAGUGUUUGAGUCCAGGCUGGCGGCCCAGUCGGUGACCAGGAAGUGUCAGGGGGCAACGGGCACGUGGGAUGGGAGGAGCGUCCUGGUGGUGGACACGCCCCCCAUGUUUGAGGCGAGGACCCAGGACCAAGAGGCGUACGAGAACAUCGGGGACUGCUACCUGCUCUCGGCCCCGGGGCCUCACGUGCUGCUGCUGGUGACCCAGCUGGGGCGCUUCACAGAGCAGGACGUGGUGGCCGUGACCAGGGUGAAGGAGGUCUUUGGGGCGAGAGCCCUGAGACACACGGUCAUCCUCUUCACCCACAAGGAGGACUUAGCGGACGGAUCCUUGCAUGACUACGUAGCAAACACAGACAACGUCAGGCUGAGGGCCCUGGUCCGGGAGUGCGGGCACAGGUACUGCGCCUUCAGCAACCGGGCCUCCGGGGACGAGCAGAGGAAGCAGCUGGCCGAGCUGAUGGCCGUGGUCGAGGGGCUGGAGAGGGAGCUCCAGGGCGCCUACCUCAGCAACGACCUCUUCUUUGAUGCACAGCGGCUCCAGCAGGGCGGGGGCGAGCCCCAUGGAGAAGGUCACGUGCGCUACCUGGCCAAGGUGCGGUCGCAUAUUGCAAAGCAAAAGCAAGACCUGAGAGAGGCCCAGAGAAACCGCGCCUUCAAGGCGCUCCUGCGAGUCAAACACUGGAUCGUUUCUCACAUCGGAAUAUUUGCUGUUUUUGUUAUAUGCUUUUUGAGUUUGCUUGCCAUUUUAAUUAGCUUGUGUAGCACUCGCGAAUGCUGAGCAUUUUCAGAUGAUACCUGCCAUCAGCUUCCAUUUUUUCAGAGUCAGUAUCUUUGUCUAUGUUGAUAAGGAACUUUAUUUGCUUUUCGUGUAGUUUCACUUUCAAUUUCCCUUCCUUGCACCAGACACACCAUCCAUUUUCUUCAGUUGCUUUAUAUUUUCUAUCCACCUGACCCAUCCAUAGAUCAGUCCAGAACAGGCUGUUGUCCAAUGUCUGGAAACAGUUCUUUUACGCAGGCAUACCUCGGAAACAUCGCAGGUUUGGUUCCAGACCACCACAACGAAGUGACCAUCAAAAGUAUCACACCAAGUUCUUGGUUUCCCCGUGCACAUAAAAGUUAUGUUUAUGCUACACUGUAGUCUAUUUAGGGUGCAAUAGCAUUUUGUCCAAAAAACAACGUAUAUACCUGAGUCUAAAAUUACUUGACUGCUAACCAUCAUCUGAGCCUUCAGUGAGUCAUAAUCUUUUUGCUGGUGGAGGGUCUUCCUCCAUGGUGACGGCUGCUGACGUUUGGGGCAGCUGUGACAAUUCCUUAAGAUAAGACAGCAGUGGAGUUUGCCACAUCAAUUGACUCUUCCUUUCACAAAUGAUUUCUCUGUAGCACACAGUGCCAUCUGAUAGCAUUUUACCCACCGUAGAACUUCUUUCUACGAAUGGGUAGAAAGAAGAAUUGGAAUCAGUCCUCUCAAACUCUGCUGUUGCUUUAUCAAUUAAAUUUAUGUAAUAUUCUAAAUCCUUUGUUGUCACUUCAACAAUGUUCACAGCACCUUCACCAGGAGUAGAUUCCAUCUCAAGAAACCUCUGUCUUUGCUCAUUCAUAAGAAGCAACUCCUUAUCUGUUAAAGUUUUAUCAUGGGGUUCAGCAAUUCAAUCACAUCUUCAGUCUCCACUUCUAAUUCUAGUUCUCUUGCUGUUUCCACCACAUCUGCAGUUACUUCUCCACUAAAGUGUUGAGCCCCUCAAAGUCGCCCAUGAGGUUUGGAAUCAGCUUCUUCCAAACUCUUGUUAAUAUUGAUGUUUUGACAUCUUCCCAUGAAUCAUGAAUAGUCUUAAGGGCUUCUAGAAUGGUGAGUCCUUUCCAGAAGUUUUUCAAUUAACUUUGCCCAGAUCCAUCAAAGGAAUCACUAUCGAUGGCAGCUAUAGCUUUACGAAAUGUAUUUCCUAAAUAAUAAUACUUGAAAGUCAAAAUUACUCCUUGAUCCAUGGGCUACAGAAUGGAUGAAAUCUCAAACUGCUUAGAACUGCUUUUACGGCAUCCCAUAGGUUUUGGGUCAUUGUGUUGUCGUUGUCAUUUGUUUCUAUGUAUUUCUUUAUUUCUUCAGUGAUCUCUUGCUUAUUUAAUAGCGCACUGUUUAGCCUCCAUGUAUGUAUGGCUUUUACAGCUUUUUUCCUGUAAUUGGUUUCCAGUCUCAUAAUAUUGUGGUCAGAAAAGAUGCUUGAUACGAUUUCAAUUUUCUUAAACUUUCCAAGCCUUGAUUUGUGACCCGAGAUGUGAUCUAUGCUGGAGAAAGUUCCACGUGCACUUGAGGAGAAAGUGUAUUCUGCCACUUUGGGGUGGAAUGUUCUAUAAAUAUCAAUUAAAUCUAUCCGGUCUGUUGUGUCA